GUCUCUUUUAGAUCUAGAUCACAGAGCCUCCGCCCAGCUUGGAGAACAGGCGAGAGGAUUUUCAACCGCAUAACCUGGGUUUGCAGGAAUGACGGAUAAUAUUCCACUCCAGCCCGUUAGACACAAAAAAAGACACGACAACAAAAACAAAAACGGAUGUUGCCCGUGGUCGAGAUGUUGUGGCAUGGGCGAGUUCCGCCCGCGCACGGUGUGGCUGGGCCACCCGGAGAAGAGGGAGCAGAGGUACCCACGCAACGUCAUCAACAACCAGAAGUACAACUUCUUCACCUUCCUCCCUGGGGUGCUGUAUAACCAGUUCAAGUACUUCUUCAACCUGUACUUCUUGCUCCUGGCCUGCUCCCAGUUUGUGAUGGAGCUCAGACUUGGAGCGCUGUACACGUACUGGGUGCCCUUGGGUUUUGUCCUGAUCAUUACCAUCAUACGAGAGGCGGUCGAAGAGAUGCGAUGUUUUCUUCGGGACAAAGAAGUGAACUCGCAAAUCUACAGCAAGCUUUCAACCAGAGGAACCGUGAAAGUGAAGAGCAGUGGAAUCCAAGUGGGAGAUCUUAUCAUUGUGGAAAAGAAUCAGCGUGUUCCUGCCGACAUGAUCUUCCUGCGCACCUCUGAACGAAACGGGUCCUGCUUCCUCCGGACUGACCAGCUGGACGGGGAGACGGACUGGAAACUGCGUCUGCCUGUGGCCUGCACCCAGAGACUGCCCACCGCCGGGGACCUCCUCCAGAUCAGAUCGUUCGUGUACGCCGAGGAGCCGAACAUCGACAUCCACAACUUCAUCGGGACUUUCACCAGGGAGGACGGAGACCCUCCGGUGAACGAGAGCCUGAGCAUUGAGAACACCCUGUGGGCCAGCACAGUCAUCGCAUCCGGCACGGUGAUCGGGGUGGUGAUUUACACCGGCAAGGAGCUCCGCAGCGUGAUGAACACCUCUAACCCAAAGCACAAGGUGGGGCUGUUUGACCUGGAAGUGAACUGCCUGACGAAGAUCCUUUUUGGGGCGCUGGUGGUGGUGUCCCUGGUCAUGGUGGCCCUGCAGCACUUCGCCGGCCGCUGGUACCUCCAGAUCUUCCGCUUCCUGCUCCUCUUUUCCAACAUCGUUCCCAUCAGCCUGCGCGUGAACCUGGAUAUGGGAAAGAUGGUGUUCAGCUGGAUGAUCCGGAGGGACUCCAAGAUCCCCGGGACCGUGGUCCGCGCCAGCACCAUUCCUGAGCAGCUAGGUCGGAUCUCCUACCUCCUGACCGACAAGACCGGGACUCUCACACAGAAUGAGAUGGUCUUCCGCCGUCUGCACCUGGGGACGGUGGCCUACGGAAUGGACUCCAUGGAUGAAGUGCAGAGCCACGUCUUCAGCGCCUACACACAGCCUGCCCACGACCUGCCGGCCUCCAGGGCCCCGCCCCCCACCAAGGUGAGGAAGACCAUCAGCAGCCGCGUGCACGAGGCCGUGAAGGCCAUCGCGCUGGUGCACAACGUCACGCCCGUCUACGAGUCCAACGGCGUGACCGACCAGGCCGAGGCAGAGCAGCACUACGAGGACGCCUGCCGUGUGUACCAGGCCUCCAGCCCCGACGAGGUGUCUCUGGUGCAGUGGACCGAGAGCGUGGGCCUCACCCUGGUGGGCCGGGACCAGUCCUCCAUGCAGCUGAGGACGCCUAGUGGACAGAUUCUCAACUUCACCAUCCUGCAGAUUUUCCCCUUCACCUACGAGAGCAAGCGCAUGGGGAUCAUCGUGAGGGACGAGUCCACUGGAGAGAUCACGUUCUACAUGAAGGGUGCAGACGUGGUCAUGGCUGGCAUAGUGCAGUACAACGACUGGCUGGAGGAAGAGUGUGGAAACAUGGCCAGGGAGGGCCUGAGGGUGUUGGUGGUCUCUAAGAAGUCCCUGACAGAAGAGCAGUACCAGGACUUUGAGGCCCGGUAUGUCCAAGCCAAGCUGAGCGUCCACGACCGCUCCCUGAAGGUGGCCACGGUGAUCGAGAGCUUGGAGAUGGAGAUGGAGCUGCUGUGUCUGACCGGCGUGGAGGAUCAGCUGCAGGCUGACGUCAGGCCCACACUGGAGAUCCUCCGCAACGCUGGCAUCAAGGUGUGGAUGUUGACGGGAGACAAGCUGGAGACGGCCACCUGCACGGCCAAGAACGCCCACCUGGUGACCCGCAACCAGGACAUCCACGUCUUCAAACCUGUGACCACGCGUGGGGAGGCACACCUGGAGCUCAACGCCUUCAGGAGGAAGCACGACUGCGCCUUGGUGAUAUCAGGCGACUCUCUGGAGGUGUGUCUGAAGUUCUACGAGUACGAGUUCAUGGAGCUGGCCUGCCAGUGCCCGGCCGUGGUGUGCUGCCGCUGUGCGCCCACGCAGAAGGCUCAGAUCGUGCGGCUGCUGCAGGAACGUACCGGAAAACUCACCUGCGCCGUCGGGGACGGAGGAAAUGACGUGAGCAUGAUCCAGGAAGCGGACUGCGGCGUGGGAGUGGAAGGAAAAGAAGGGAAGCAGGCCUCUCUGGCUGCUGAUUUCUCGGUGACUCAGUUCAAGCACCUGGGCCGGCUGCUCAUGGUCCACGGGAGGAACAGCUACAAGCGCUCUGCAGCCCUCAGCCAGUUUGUCAUCCACAGGAGCCUGUGCAUCAGCACCAUGCAGGCCGUCUUCUCCUCGGUGUUCUACUUCGCCUCCGUGCCGCUCUACCAAGGCUUCCUCAUUAUCGGUUACUCCACCCUCUACACCAUGUUCCCCGUCUUCUCCCUGGUUCUGGACAAAGAUGUGAAGUCGGAAGUGGCCAUGCUGUAUCCUGAACUUUAUAAGGAUCUCCUGAAGGGCCGGCCUCUAUCCUUCAAAACGUUUCUGAUAUGGGUGCUAAUAAGUAUUUACCAAGGCAGUAUCAUCAUGUACGGGGCCCUGCUGCUGUUUGAGUCGGAGUUUGUGCACAUCGUGGCCAUCUCCUUCACCUCGCUCAUCCUGACGGAGCUGCUGAUGGUGGCCCUGACCGUGCAGACCUGGCACUGGCUGAUGAUCGUGGCGGAGCUGCUCAGCCUGGCCUGCUACGUGGCCUCGCUGGUCUUCCUGCACGAGUUCAUUGACGUCUACUUCAUCGCCACCCUGUCGUUCCUGUGGAAGGUGACGGCCAUCACCCUGGUCAGCUGCCUGCCACUCUACAUCCUCAAGUACCUGCGACGGAGGUUCUCUCCGCCCAACUACUCCAAGCUGACCUCUUAACCCCUCCCCUCCCCCCCGCCUCCUCCUCCCGUGGCCGCUUUCUCUUACCCGCGAGGGGGCGGAUCUUGCGCUCGCCUCAAACAGAGCCCGUUUCUCUCCGGUGCCGCGAUUGACCAGAGCCUGCUGAUCGCCCCUCCCCUUUAUUCAACGCUGGCGGGAAAGUUGCUGUGGAGAUAGAGUGAGAGUAAAAACAUAUUUCCAGAGAGAAUUCGCAAAGUAUGGUCUCCUCAGUCCACUCCCCCAGGGGUGAUUUUAUGCCAUCUUUCCAGUGUGCUUGUGUUGCACUUGGUUUUUUAUUUUAUUUAUUUUGAUGGCAGUUAUCUUGUGCGCCGAUCAAUGAAAAUACACUACAUAGCCGCAAAAGGCAGCCUCUUUUCCGUAGAUAUUCACAGAAACACUAAACUUAUGAGUGAAGAGUAUCACCUUAGCUAAUAUGGAAAAUUGAAGUGACCGACGUCUGAUAGGCUAGUUUCUUAUGCAUGUUGACAUACGCGGUACAUAAAGAGCGAUUGCAUUAAUAAGCAACCUCCAGAUUAAUUAAGCUCAAAUGCACUGAUCUGGACUCUCGCUUGUGGGAAAACUGGAGUCUCACUUUCGGAAAACCUUUGAGACGUUACCUCUCAGUGGAAAACUAGCUGGGCAUUUCUAGCCACAGGAUCGAUGCAUGUCCUGUUACGAUGCUGUUGGCCGUUUUAGUGCAUUAUGGGAAAUGUUCAUCAUUGAGAUGACUCAAAUUAGUCUUUUUGAAGGCUUUGGAACAUAUAUGAGUGGAAAAGGGAGUCUUGCUGACACCCUCCAAAAUGCUUAACUCCAGUCUGUUUACACUGGAAUUAGUCUGAGACUGAAUGUCCUGUGGUUUUAAGAAAUAUUUAUUAUUAGCGAACAUAGCUGCACUACCAUUUGCACAAUGCAGCAGGGGAGGUUAAUUACACUGGACUUGAUAAAGAUUUCCAUUUGUAUUUAUUGAAAUCAUCUCAUGUAAAUAUUAAAAUGUCUUCAAAAUGGCCGUACAUUCUGUAAUGUUGGAAGUUAAGUCCUGUGCAAUAUUCAGUUCAUACUGGCAUUUUUGUUUUCCUUCUUUUUCAGUAAGUGGGCUUAACGCAUGCAUGGAAAGGUGCAGCUUUGUAAACUUGCUUGUGUGUGUGUGUGUGCGUGCGUGCGUGCGUGCGUGCGUGCGUGCGUGUGUGGGGAGGUGUUUGAACGUUUGUGUAUUUGCGCAAUUGUAAGUGCAUAUGGAUUUGCUAUUGUGUAUACAUUUGUGUGCGUUCAUUUGUGAGCACUUGCGUUCAUGUUCCUAUUUCUGUUUGUGUAUGCUCUUCUGUGUGUGUGUGUGUGUGUGUGUGUGUGUGUGUAGUAUGCUUGUGUAUGUGUGUGAUUGCGUGUACCUGGGUACGUGUUCAUGCACAUUUGAGCUUUCACCACACGCAAACUGGUGUGUGUUUGGGUGUGGGUGUGUGCGUGCAUGCAUGUAUUUGCUCGUGUGUAUGUGUGGUGCCUGUGUUCGCGUGUGUGUUUGUGUGUGUGCAUGUAUGUAUGUGCAUGUGUGUAGUGCCUGU